CAUAAUUACACUUAACUGUACUCCUCCUCACGCUUACUUAGUGCAGGUCUUUGUUCCUUUCUUACUCCUCUCUAUUUUACAUAUUAUGUCUGACUUCGACUAAACUUCAACUCGGUCUUGAUUUACAUCAUUACUUAUUUUCUGCGAGUGGGAUGUGUGUGUGUGUUUGUGUGUGAGAGAGAGGUAGAGACACACACCCUCCAAGUGCAGUCAGACAGUCAGAGUUCUCGUAAGCAUGGGCGUCGGCCGCCUUCUACGGCAGUCUGGGGUGCCGUUUGGGUGCCUGUUGUCAGGAAGACGCAUCAGUGCCUAGCAACCACCUUCCCCUUCUUGGCUACUGUUGCUGUGGAGACUGGCAGAGUUCACCUGGUAUAGCUAUAAUCAUGCAGUUUAUCAGCCACAGGUUCCCUGAAGACCAUGACCCCACCAUAGAGGAUGCAUACAAGACACAGAUCCGCAUCGAUGAUGAACCAGCCAACCUGGACAUCCUGGACACAGCAGGACAGGCGGAGUUCACAGCCAUGCGGGACCAGUACAUGCGGGCAGGCGAGGGCUUCAUCAUCUCCUACUCCAUCACAGAUAGGCGGAGCUUACAGGAGGCGCGCCAGUUCAAGCAGCUCAUUGACCGUGUGCGCCGCACCGCCAACACACCAGUGGUACUGGUGGGCAACAAGUCUGACCUGACCCAUCUCCGACAGGUGUCAGUAGAGGAGGGAAAGGAGCUGGCCAGGGAGUUCCAGUGCCCCUUCUUCGAGACCUCCGCGGCAUUUCGCUACUACAUCGACGAGGUGUUCGCCGCCCUGGUCCGCCAGAUUCGCCAGCGCGAGGCCGAGUCGGUCCGCGGCAGUGAGCGGAAGACCAGGAGAAGCCACUCAUUUUGGAGCCGCAUGCGCUGCACCUUCCACAAGAAACAGCACUCUGAGCACUGAGAGAGGGGCACUGUGGGAUACGACAGUCCUCCAGUGGUACCCUUACAGCCCCAAUUCCUCGUUCCAACUCCCACGAGGAGAUCAAUGACUCUUAUCUGAGUUAGAUUAUGAGUGUUUGGAAUGGGCAACUGAACUAACAAUCGUUACUGAAGAGAAUAGCCUCUUGUGCGCAUUAGAGAAGGCAGGAACCGUGCUGAUGUACCGUAUGCUCAUUGUGCAGAAAAUUGGGUCUGGCUUUUAACAACAGUCGACGUUAGCAUUUUAGUAUCCAAUGAAACCAAUUGACUGUAGUGUUGUUGAAUAUUUUUUUUAAUGCUGAGACAGCGUGGAGUUUGCCUGAAGUUACGACAUUUCUCUUUGAUGGAGAGCCAGAGAUGAGACGUUUAGGUGUAACUAUGUACCUCACAGGGAGGGAGGGAAGGGGUUGGAGGCCUGAAGAGAUGGAGGCUUGAAGAGAGAUAGAGAUUAUGGGGAAUUGGGGAGGGAACGGGAAGGUCGAGCAAAGGCUGUGGGGCCCAAAGGAGCAGAAUAUUGAGAAGGUCAUACAGUAGGUAAAGUGGCACAGGUAUUGAGGAGUGAACUUAAAGUUUGAUUUAAAGGUGGUUGGUUGGUAAAUGCGAAGGGGUAUGAGACGUGAGUUUGAAGAUUAGAGGGAGAGUCCCAAAGGAUGUGGAAUAUCUUGCCAGCCAAGGAAAAGGAAAGAGAAGGAUGGAAAUAAUGAAAAUAUUGUAAUAUGGAAGAUGAUGAAAACAAGACGUUCUGAUAGCAUUCACUGUGCAUUGAGGUCCCUCUCCAUUUCAAUUGAAAAGCCUUCAUGGGUUAUUGCUUAGUGUUUGUAAGCUGACCAGCCUGUACUCAGGGUUGGUGCCAUGUUGCAGUGGGAAUACUUUGACAGUUGUGAACUGAGUUGCAGAGGAUAUUUAAUACACAGGUGGUGUUGAUGUUGACAAGACAUUACUGUGCAGCAUUGCCUAAUAUGGUCCACUGAUCUAUACUCGACCUGAAUGGGCUGAUAAUUGGCAUGGGAAAGAUGUUGAUUCCAUCCAAAUUACAUAAAUCACUGGAUUUUUUCUUUUUAGAAUGGAAUUUGAUGGGCGUAGAUGGCAUUUUAAUUUUGCUCUGCCUACAACAGGGUUGUCGUCAUAUAAUGUUUCUAGUGUUUCAGUAAAUAGAGACAAUGCCAAGUACAGUACCUCUCCAGAGUGAUUCACACUCCCUUAUUACCCACUGACCUGUAGCACAACGGUUGUGCACUUAUUAUUUCAGCACUCCGUGGAUCUGGUAGUGCCACAUAUGGGAGUAUAUUAUGUGUUUUUUGUUUGUUUUAUUCCUCUUGAUCAUGAUUAUUAUUUUCCUUAAUUUAUUUUCUAUUAACACACUCAAAUAAAAUGUACUGCCCAUUUUUUUUUCGAAA